CGAGGAGGCUCUUUUCUAUGUGCUGCUUCCACACCUCUUGCGGGGCUUCCAAAGUAGGAUCAAAGGAGGGGAGGCUCGACCUUGAUCUUCGAGUCCCCGUGUAUGGCCCCUGUGUCUCCAUCCCUCGUCAGACCUUUGAUGAUUGGCGUCCAGGCUCUUGCAGAAGCUGUAGUAGAUCUGUCAUCCAUUGAGGCCAGCGUGCCAUCGAAGGGAGCGAUGUGUUACACCUCGUGUCGUCUUCCACCCACAGCCAAAGGAGGGCGGCGGUAUCCAGAGCGCCGCCCCCUGGAUGAUCUUCGGAAUUAUAAAGGAUUCCACCUAACCCGCGGCAUGGCAAAUCCCCAGGGCUUGGCUGCCAUUGCCAUGAUGAUCAAGCAUGCACCUGUAUCAUUGAUACGAUGCUCAACUUCUGAAACCAUGACGACAUGGGGAUCCCACCCGCCGCGUCCACGCUUCCUCCCAAAAAGCGGACUCGGCCGGAACCCAUUAGCCGCGCUUGUCUCGAGACGAAAAUCAUCUAUCUCCUCGCGGGCCGCACCUAUCCCGGCUCCUUUAUCUAUCGUGGACUGUUUCCAGUGGACCAGACUGUGCUUAUCAUCUUUUUUGGACAGACAAGGGGGUUUAGACAUCGUCAUUCGAAAGGAAGUCUACUCCACAAGGAUAAUCGCUUUCGUGGAUCAAGCCAGUCCUUACGGAUGCACGAUAGUCCUCUCCCCACCGGUCCACGUCUACCGCCUAUCUGAGAAUAUCAGUCGCGAGAAUUUGGCUAAGAGUCGGUCUGCGUAUUUCACUCUGCGACUAGACGUCUGAAGCGGAUUUUGGUAUUCAAGAAAUGGACAUUGAGAAGAAUGGCGAGUCCUCGCGCCCUGGUGGGUAACCCGAGAAGAUGAGCUCGACUCUAGCCUCGAGCCUGUGACUAACUCCAUUCUAGUCAACAAGGUAUCGCCAGCCGUCGAUUUCUCAGCUGGAGUCCUCGCUGGAGUGACUGGAUUGAUUGCCGGUCAACCGUUUGACG